AUGUCAAGAAGCACGUCUGACCGAGUCGAUUCGCCGCCUAAUUCCUGGAGCUCGGGUAAUUUGUCCGUUAGUGGUUCUACAAUCAAAGAUCUCUAUCCGUCCAUUCAUGGUCACGAUGUCACUUCGUUGAUACAGGACUUGUCCGCGAAUUCUGGUUCGCAGUCCGUACCCUCUGGCGCGGACUUCCCGAUUUAUCCGUCGAUUUCGUCCGCCGACGAAGUUGACCGCGUCAACCCAUCUCCAAGGAGUGCCGAAACCGCGACUUUGUCGGAGCCGAUGCGCGGUGGGAGUGGCGGCGCGCUUGGACCGUCUCAGCAGGUGCCUUCUGGUCGCAGACCUCUCCAUCUCGCUACCGAGGGCCCUGUUCGAUCAUCCAGGUUGCCGCUACCAAAAGAACAAACGAACAAGUACCCCUCUCUAUCGUUUUCGCCAGACUGGCGCGGCGAGGGGGAUGGAUGCGGGCGGGUCGAUACAGGCCUCCGUCCCGACGCGCUCAACGGCGCAGACGCGAUUCCACGAGUGGGUUCUGGUGCGUCUCAGACAACAGAGCCAGCGUCUGGCAUGAUGAUUCCGGUCUACUUCGGGGACGGUUGCGACCAGGGCCUCUCUGUCAUCUACCCGAGCCACCUGCAUACGGGGAGCGCAAACAAGGUCGCUACAGAGCCUUCAAAUGCGCCGUCUUUGCUUUCUUCUGCAGAGCCGUCAAAAGAGUACACGUUUGUCUAUCCACAGCUGUCCUUCGAUGCGACUCGCCGCCAUAACUACCGUCGGGGCUUCGGAUCCUUCGUCAGCCCGCACUCGCAAACUGAGAUUAAAGACGACGCGCCGAGCGACAGCAACUCGAAAAUUUUCGGUGACAAAACCACCGAUCGCCGCCAAACUAUCAGUACAAUCAACCUUUCAGGCCAGCAAAUCUGGGGUGACGUCUAUCCCUAUCCCCCCACAAGCGUCGGCAGCUCAUCUGCGACUCACUCUCUAGAAUCAUUGACUAUUUGUGACGAUACCGUCAUAGAAUGCCAUGAUAACGACCUGGUCUGGCUUAGCCGCGUCUCGAUCGCCCAGUCUUUUGUUUCUGAAGCCAAACAAUUUUCUCACCUGGACUACAGCAUCUGGAACCUCCGAUACACCUUCCCUAGUGUGUUCGAUCACAAACCGUGCGCUCUGUUGAGCUCGCUGGGCUGCAGAGCGAGACCCCGACAAACAGACAUCGAUUGCGAUUGGCUCAUAGUUGACCCUGAUGUUCCUCCUCUGUCAAGGCGUCUCCACACUCAACACGCAAAAAAAACACAUCUCGUCAACUUCAUCAGCUUCGAAAAAAACUCGCAUCUAAAUCACUCCUCCCCAAAAGAAUACAUCCAAAAAAUUCUGUACCGCGAUGAGGUCGACAUUCCAGAGCUCCAGUCCAUCUGCCGCCAACACGGCAUUCCAAAAAGAAUGCGCGCGUUCGUCUGGCAACUGCUUCUAGGAUACACCCCUACAAAGGCGUCCGAGCGGUGUCGCUGUCUUAAAUCAAGAAGAUCUGAGUACCUUCAGCUCGUCGAACGCUUCUUCAACCUAAAUCCAAUCAAGCGCUCUACUCGCCUCAUGUUCGGCCUCGUCACCGUCGACACCCCACGCACCCACCCCGACCACUUCUUGAACCUGUUCUGCACCAGACCCAUCCAAAACACUCUAGAACGUAUCCUCUACAUCUGGUCCUGCACCAACCAACACAUCUCCUACUAUCAAGGCCUUAACGACCUGGCGUCUAUCCUCCUGGUCGUAUUUCUUGACUGCUGUCUAGGCGACCUCAGCGACGAACGCGGCUCGCUACCUUCUCUCGACGACCUACAAACCGCCCUCCUGUGCGUCGAGCCAGACACCUACCACUGCCUCACGAUCCUGCUCAAAAACAUCGGAACCUUCCACACACUCAGCAGAGGAGGCGUCUAUAGCGAAAGCAUGUUGGCACACAUGGAAUCCCUCGUCAGAAAACUCGACCCGACCCUUUACAAACACAUCGUCAAUAACGAACUCGAGUUCGUCCACUUCGCCUUCCGUUGGAUGCUCUGCCUGUUCACGCGCGAACUAACCACCAAGAACCUCAUAUGCCUGUGGGACAGCUGUAUCGUCGAAGGCAUCCGCGGAUUCUCUGAAUUCUAUAUCUGCGUCUGUACCGCGUAUCUACUCGAACUGGGACCCCACCUCCUAGGAAAAGACAUGAUAUCCAUGAUGGGUUUCAUCCAACACGCCCCCGCCAUCUACUUCACAAAACAAGACGUCCACCACCUCGUUCGAAAGGCUCACGACAUCUUCUCACAACACCCCCUCAACCUGAAACCCAGAGGCUCGAUAUAAAAGAGAUAUCUCUCAGGUACGUGUGCGCGUAUAUAUACGUGUGUGUAUACACGUAUAACAUACGCGCACUACGCGAGUUUUAUGUCUCCCGAAUUGAUAUUGUACGCGGCCAAUGCACUUGCCUGUGUACGACAGACGCAUACUGCACACAUAAAAUGGCUUGUGCAUGACAAAUAUGUAUAUAUAUAUAUCAUGGCAUAUAUGGUGAUACAUGAUUUGUACCGUAUCAUAAAAAUAUUUUUCGUGU